AUGCUGUCUUAUUCAACAGUAAUAUUUAUUACCAUUAUUUGUGGUUUUCUUAUACCAUUGAGUGAACAACAAUAUACACCAGAUUGGAAAUCAUUGGACUCACGUCCACUACCUGCAUGGUACGAUGAGAGUAAGAUAGGUAUCUUCAUUAAUUGGGGUGUAUAUAGUGUUCCAUCGAUUGGAUCUGAAUGGAUGUGGUGGCUAUGGAAAGGAGACAAACCAAAUGUCAACAUUGUUGCUUUUAUGAAUAAUAAUUAUCCAACCGACUGGACAUAUGCAGAUUUUGCUGAACAAUUUCAUGCGGAACUUUAUGAUCCCAAUGAAUGGGCCGAUAUUUUUGCUGCAGCCGGUGCAAAAUAUAUUGUUUUCGAUAGCAAGCAUCAUGAAGGUUUUACAAUGUGGCCAUCCAAAUAUUCAUUCAAUUGGAAUGCUAUGGAUGUUGGUCCAAAACGUGAUUUACUCGGUGAACUGGCGAAUGCUAUUCGAAAUAGAACUGAUAUUGUUUUUGGUCUUUAUCAUUCAAUGUUUGAAUGGUUUCAUCCAUUGUAUUUGACAGAUAAAAAUAAUAAUUUUCAAACGCAAUUCUUUCCAAAUGUAUGUUAA